CAUGUGACUUGUGUUUCCUCCUGUCUCUCACUCUAGGAUUUCUUCUGAUUUUGAUUACGGUUACAUAAACGAGCCAUUAAUUUUCUUGGUUCUUUUCAUCACUGUUAUCUAUUUGUCAGUACUAUAUAUACUAGUAUGGUCCUCAGCUACUGAAUAAAACGUUAAACAGGAAGCACUUAAAAGGGUCUAAUUUGUUCAGGCACAACAGGAACUGAAUCAUGUCCGAGAAGGGUUUGCUCCAUAUCUUUGUUUUGUUAACUUUUUGGGUGUUAAUCUUCCAUGCUCGGGUAGGAGAUUGCAAGGGGAAGGCCACUCGUCCUGGUUCUACUUUCGCUCGAACACAAGGAACCCGUUUUGUUAUGAAUGGAAAGCCGUUUUACAUAAACGGGUUCAAUGCAUAUUGGAUGAUGUACAUGGCAUCUGACCCAUCUACAAGGGCCAAGGUCACUUCUGCACUCCAACAAGCCUCCAAGUAUGGCAUGAAUGUUGCUAGGAUUUGGGCUUUCAGUGACGGUAACGAUAGACCCCUUCAGCCUUCUCCUGGUUCAUACAACGAGGACACGUUCAGGGGAUUGGACUUUGUGAUAUCAGAAGCUAAAAGAUAUGGUGUAUAUGUAAUACUGAGCUUUGUGAACAACUUUGACGAAUAUGGGGGUAGAAAGCAAUAUGUGCAGUGGGCAAGAGAGCAUGGCCAAUCCAUCAGCACUGACGACGACUUUUAUACUAAUUCUGUCGUCAAAGGAUAUUAUAAGGAUCAUAUCAAGACUCUGCUCACAAGAAAAAAUUCCAUAACAAACGUGGCUUACAAAAAUGAUCCAACCAUCGUCGCGUGGGAACUAAUGAAUGAGCCUCGUUGCCAAUCUGACGUAUCUGGAUCAAUUCUUCAGCAAUGGGUGAAAGAAAUGGCUGCACACGUUAAGUACAUAGAUAGUAAGCAUUUACUAGAGAUAGGGCUUGAAGGAUUUUAUGGCAAAACAACGCCGGACAAGAAGCAGUUCAAUCCUGGUAAUCUAGAAUAUGGUUCUGAUUUCAUUGCCAGCAACUUGCUUCCCGACAUCGAUUUCGCCACUAUACAUAUCUACGCUGAGCAAUGGUUACCAGGGACAAGCGAAGAGGGCCAAGCCGAUUUUGUGGACAAAUGGGUGCAACAACACAUCGAAGACUGCAACACAGUAGUUAAGAAACCACUGGUUUUGGGAGAGUUUGGCAAGUCUUAUAGGUUACCAGGUUACACCCCAGGAAAGAGGAAUGCCUACUUUCGCAAACUAUACGAGUACAUCUACACAAGUGCGAGUAGUGGGGGUUCUCUUGUAGGUGGGAUUUUCUGGCAGCUGAUGGCACAGGGAAUGGACACCUUCAGAGAUGGAUACGAAGUCGUUUUGGAGGAGAGCCCUACCACUGCCAAUGUCAUUGCAUACCAGUCUAGUAAGCUUGUGUCAAUAAAGGCAUCUCUAAGAGCAAGUCCAUUGGAAGUGGAUUGCCCGGCACCUAGCACCCAAAACAGGCCAGCCCCUAACCAAAUCACUCCACCCCAGCCUAAUAGGCUGGUACCCAGCCCAAGCCAGGCAAGAGACCGGCCUAUGAUCGACAGACCUAACAGUCGGGCCAUCUGACGUCAGCCUGGCCAUCCAUGUUGUCGAUGCCAACGCCAGUUCUUCCCACAACCUUCAACGUCUCGCCGAAGGACUCGAACACCUCGCAGGUGACCUUGGUCUCGCUACGCAUGAUCAACGCGUCGUAGAGCGAGAUCUUGGUGCAGAGCUCCUCAGGGCUGACUUUGAUUCUGGGUUCUCCGAGCUUCUCCGAGACAAGGAUAGUGGGCUUGGCAUCUAGGUUUGUAAGCAGAUAGCACCACGACUAGCCGUGAAGGAGCCCGGCGGUGCAAGGCUGGAGUUACUAAGAAAGCAAACAAGGAAGGCUU